AUUUUGAAAUCAGAAUUAAAAUAUUCAACAAAACAAAACGCAAGACCUGUCAGUUUCGAUGACAUUCAUGAUAUCUAUGCUGCCUAAUGUUUGUAAACAUCGUAAGCACGCACAACACGCUUCGUCGUAUACAUUUUAUUGCAUUUUCAACACAGUGUUGUAUGAUUUAAAAAAAUCCAAUGUCCUCAACGUGGAAAAAGUAUGUCCUAUGGUUUGCUCAGGAACACGUCGAUUUCCGACAAGCAGAAAUCGCAUCGCUACUUCGAUUAUGGAACCUAAAGAUGAACACCCCAGUUGAUCAUAAACCGGAGAAUCCGUUCUGGAUAGUCGAACUCAACGGCGAUAACGCGGCGCGUAAGUUGGCAUCACGCUCCAUGUCACUGCGGUGCAUUUUUGAACUGUGGACUCAUUCCAAGCAGUUCAGCACUUUCCACGAGCAGUUGGAGGAAUACAUCCAGAAAAACCUAUCCACGCUUAGUCCGCUGUUUGGGAAGGAUCGUAGUUUUAAGGUCACUGUCGAGACUUACAACAAGCAUUUCACACAGCAGGAAAAAGUGGCCAAGAUCGAAACGCUCCAUUACCUGCCAGUGGAAGGGCCGGUCAAUCUGAAAACGCCUGAUGUCCAGUUUUGGUACAUUGAAUUUUGGGGAUUGGAUCCGAUGGACGUUCCGGAGCAGCCAUUGGACGUCCUGUUCGGGAAGUGGUUGGUUGAUGGCCGGAGAGAUUUGAUAAACGAGAUUUCGCUGAAAAAGCGGAAGUUCAUCGGUAACACUUCGAUGGAUCCGCAGCUCUCGCUGCUGAUGGCCAACCAGGGAUUGGCGAAGAAAGGGGACGUGGUGUACGAUCCGUUUGUGGGUUCCGGGUCGUUGCUGGUGGCGGCAGCUAAAUUCGGGGCUUAUGUAUUGGGGAUGGACAUUGACUAUAUGACGGUACAUGGGAAGUCGAAACCAACGAGGGUGAAUCAGAAGGUGCGCGAAGCAGACGAGAGCAUUUACGCCAAUUUGAAGCAGUAUGGUUGCGAGGGAUGCUUUCUGGACGUUUUGGUGUCAGAUUUUUCGAGGAGCAUUUGGACGAGCGACUUGCUUUUCGAUAGCAUAAUAACGGAUCCGCCGUACGGUAUUCGGGAAGCUACUGAGCGAAUUGAAUUUAAAACUCAGAAGAGAGCAACCUGCUUGAAUGAGGGAAGUGUUCACUACCCAUCAACAUCGCCGUAUCAGUUCGAUCAACUGUAUCGGGAUUUGAUGAAUUUCUCAGCCCGGUACCUUAAACUGGGAGGACGACUGGUUUGUUGGUUUCCGAUUCUGAGAAAAGACUUUACACCGGACAUGUUGCCUCGACACAAGUGCCUUCAGCUCGUAGCCAAUUCAGAGCAACCGUUAACAGUGUAUAGUGCCCGGCGAUUGUUGACUUACGAGAAGAUUUCUAACCGCGAAGAAGACAUGGACUCCUACGAGCUGUCCCAGGUGAUGAUUGACAACUUCCGGCAGCGUUACAUGAAAACCGUGCUGCAGAACAACGGGACCCGGAAGGAACGGCGGUUAGCACUGCGUGAUGCUGGCCGCGAGGAAGCCUUAAAACGGGGGAAGCAACUGGACGCAACGGACGGAAAGUGGAAGUAUCCGAAGAGUCAUUCGAAUGGUGAUACAACUACGGAUCAAUAAAGGAUUGCAGUUCGACUGACUA